AUGCAGCGGUUGUCACUCAGUGGGAAGGUUGCCCUGAUCACUGGUGCGAGUUCAGGGAUCGGAGCCGGUACAGCCGUCCUGUUCGCCAAGCUGGGAGUCAAACUGGCACUGAAUGGACGGAACAUGAAAAACCUUAGGAAAGUGGGCAAAGAAUGUGAGGAGGCUGGGUCGUACGUGCCCCUGCUGUUACCUGGUGACCUAACAGAUGAAGCAAGUGUGAACCAGGUGAUAGAGAAAACAGUGAGCUGCUACGGACAGCUGGAUGUGCUGGUGAACAGUGCAGGGAUCCUGCUCUUGGGGACCAUUGAAACCACAACCAUGGAACAGUUCGAUCACAUAAUGAAUAUUAAUGUCAGAUCUAUCUAUCACCUCACACGCCUGGCUGUGCCUCACCUCAUCCAAACCAAAGGCUGCAUUGUCAAUGUAUCCAGUGUUAAUGGCCAGCGAUCAUUUCCUGGAGUUGUAGCCUACUGCAUGUCGAAAUCAGCCCUGGACCAGUUCACUCGAUGUAUGGCUUUGGAUCUGGCCCCCAAGAAGGUUUGGGUGAAUGCUGUGAGCCCUGGAGUGGUCAUCACGGAUAUCCACAAGCGGGCUGGCCUGAACGAGGGGGAUUACGCUGAGUUCCUGAACAAAUGCAAGGUGACCCAUGCUCUGGGACGUCCUGGGCGGGUGGACGAAGUGGCCCAAGCCAUCGCCUUCCUGGCCUCUGAUGCAGCCUCCUUCAUUACUGGUGUCACCUUGCCCGUGGAUGGUGGGCGCCAUGCCAUGUGCCCGCGGUGAGCGCAUGUCCCUGCCUAGGGUU